AUGCGCCGUCAAGUCUUACGCGGCGUGCGCCGCCUGGCAACAAAGUGCGCCUCGCCAGCCUUCUCUCCCAUAAAGGGCGGGCCAUACCACUUUGGGCGCGAGGUGAGCGGCGUCGACCUUGCCGCGCCGGAGCUUCCAGCCGAGGAGCUUCUCGCCGCGCUGUACGAGCAUGGGCUGCUCCUCUUCCGCGGCCAGCAGCACCUCACGCCCGACGACGAGAUGCGCUUCGCCAGCCUCUUCACGCACCAGGCCGACGACGCAAAUCAGAGCUACACUGGCGGUGCCGGGACGCAGCACCGGCUGCCGGCGCACCCGUCGAUCGCCCUCGUCGGGAGCUACAAUGUGCGCGAUUUUCACGGGCUGACCGCCUCCUCGCCCGGCGUCUACAACGGCUGGCACCCUGACCAGCGCGCGUGGCACUGCGACGGCCUCGCCGACACCGACCCUCCGCCCGACCUGACGACGAUGAGGUGCCUCGUGACGCCCGAGGCGAGCCGGCCGGUGAGAGUGCAGUACCGCCUCUUUGCGCAGUACGAGGUUGCCCGCGAAGGGACGUCCCUGCGGUGGGCGAGCGGCUCAAAGGGCGAUACGGACGAGAGCUGGGACGUCAACCUGGCAGAGGGUGGGGCCACCACCUCCCCUGUGAGCGGGAAGCGAGCCCUCGUCGGCUCGUACCACGUCGCCGCCCUCCGCUCGCGCGGCCGCACGCUCGGCUUCGACGAGGCGAACGCGUACGUCGCCGCGGCGUGGGCGCCGGGGCUGGAGGAGGGCCUGCUGCUCAAGCACCGCUGGCGGGUGGGAGAUUUGGUCGCCUGGUCCAACCGCCUCGUCAUCCACACCGCGACGAGCACGGCGCCGUACCGGGGCAAGGAGCGGCUGCACACCCGCAUUCGGAUGAGGUCGACUCCGGAGCACGCACCGCAAGCGUGGGUCGAGUAA